UCAAGCAAGGAGACAAUAUGGGACUGUCAUUUACCAAGCUUUUCGAAACUAAGGAGAAUCGCAUACUGAUGUUGGGCCUAGAUGCGGCAGGAAAAACUACUAUUUUGUACAAGCUCAAGCAGGGAAUAGUUGUCGAUGACAUCCCCACAAUUGGAUUUAAUGUGGAGACCCUGGAGCACAAGAACAUGAGGCUUACUAUAUGGGACUUCGGUGGUCAAAACGUUAAACGACCAUUGCCAAUAUAUUACUACCAAAACGUUGAAGGAGUGAUCUUUGUUGUUGAUAGCAAUGACCAAGAUCGUGUAGUUAAUGCUCGGGAUGAUCUGCGAAUGCUGUUGAACGAGGAAGGACUGAAGGAGGAUGCAGCCCUACUUGUGUUUGCAAACAAGAAAGAUCUUCCAAAUGCAUUGACUGCUGCAGAGAUUGCAGACAAGCUUGGCCUUCACUCCAUUCGUCCGCGUAACUGGUUUAUCCAAAGCUCAUGUGCCACCUCUGGAGAAGGGCUUUAUGAGGGAUUGGACUGGCUCUACAACAACAUAGUUAACAAGGUAGAGAAUCUCUGAUUGCUCUCAUUUGAAGCUAAUUCCUUCUGUAGACAUCUCUCCUAUGUUUCU